AUGAAGCAGUUGGUUAAAAAACAUGCAUUGGACUCAAGAAGGCAGUUGGUAAUAAGAAGGAAUGGUAAUAGAAGAUUUAGGAUGGUUUGUCAUGGUGUGAAUCCUGAUUUACAAGGCAUGCAACCACAAGGGCAGUUUGGGGAUUUUGAAAAUAUGAGUGGGCCCAUCCAAAAAGAAGGGGAAUCUUCAACAGGGGAUGUUGAUGUAUUAAAUACUUCCAACCCUACUUCCCAACAACCAAAAAAGGUUAGCAAGAGAAGUGGAGAGCAUAUUAGGUUCCAACCUGGGAAUUCCACUGUUGGCACUUCAAGACCAUUUGGAGAAGAAAAACCAGAUUCAGUUAAGUUUGCAAAAGACGUUCAGGGCAAAGGUAAUGGCUUUACAUGUGAUUUCAAAGCUCAAUAUUAUAUUUUAAGGGAAUAUUGUGAAGAGCUCCUUAGAUCCAAUCCAGGCACAACAGUUAAGAUAGAAGUGGAAAGGGAGUGCAACCCUGCUAGUCCAACAAGACAGUUUAGGCGAAUUUACAUAUGUUUGGGUGCUCUCAAAGAAGGGUUCAAGGUAAAUGGGAGGAAUAUUUUAGGAUUAGAUGGGUGUUUCAUGAAGGGCCCAUUCCCUGGGCAAGUACUGUUAGCUGUUGGAAUUGAUUCAAAUAACAGGAUAUAUCCUGUUGCAUACUCAAUAGUUGAGGCUGAAACUAAAAGUAGUUGGGAGUGGUUCUUAGGGAAUCUUGGAGAUGACUUAGGUCUUGAUCAACAGUCCUACUUCACGUUCAUAUCUGAUAGACAAAAGUGCAAUGUGACACUGAACAUCCAGAAUGGUCAAAGUCUUUCUCCUGAAGUGGCAAAGCAAGUGGGUGGAGAUGUUAUAAAAGCGGUGCGUGAUUUUUUUAACAAUGGCCAAAUUCUGAAGCAAAUUAAUCAUACGAUCUUAGCCUUGGUGCCAAAAAUAGAUACUCCAAAUACGGUGCUUGACUACAGGCCAAUAUCAUGCUGCAAUGUGAUUUAUAAAUGUAUUAGCAAAAUAAUCACUGAUCGUUUGAAGGGCAGCUUGGGGAUUUUAGUGAACAUAAACCAGUCGGCGUUUGUUCCGGGUAGGAAGAUAUCGGAUAAUAUUCUUAUUACGCAGGAGCUUAUGCAUAAUUAUCAUGUGAAUCGCGGUCCUCCGAGGUGUGCAUUGAAGAUUGAUAUCCAGAAAGCUUAUGACACUGUAAGUUGGUCCUUCCUGGAAGCUAUUCUUAACCGGUUCGGGUUUCACCGGAAAAUGGUCUCUUGGAUUAUGGCAUGUGUCACUUCUGUUUCCUAUUCGGUUAGCAUAAAUGGUGAGCUGCAUGGAUAUUUUCCGGGGAAGCGGGGUCUUCGUCAAGGAGAUCCAAUGUCCCCGUACCUAUUCACGUUGAUUAUGGAGGUGUUAUCGCUCAUGCUACAAAAGAUGGCGUUAAAUCCGGCAUUUAAGUUCCAUAGCCACUGCUCUAAACAAAAGAUUAUUAAUGUGUCCUUUGCUGAUGACUUAUUUGUUUUUGUUAAUGGGGAUACUGGAUCGGUUCAGCUUAUUCGGAAUGUGUUGGAGAAAUUCACUAGUGUCUCGGGCUUAGUCCCUAGCUUGCCAAAGAGUACGAUCUUCUUUUGUAAUGUUCCAAGUCAAGUUAAAGCUGAGAUUAUGAGCCUGUUACCAUUUCGUGAGGGUAACCUUCCGGUUCGCUAUCUCGGGGUUCCUUUGAUUUCUACUAAGUUGUCUUUUAGAGACUGUCGGGUGCUUGUGGAACGUAUGGAGAGGAGGGUUGAUAACUGGAUGUCUAAAUCGCUGUCAUUUGCAGGUCGAUUGCAGCUUCUCAACUCUGUUCUUACAGCUAUGUAUACAUAUUGGGCUUCGGUCUUUAUUUUGCCUAUGCGAAUAGUUAAGGACCUUGAAAAGAGAAUGCGCAGGUUUCUUUGGAAUGCAGGGACUCUUGGUAAUAUUAGGUCAAAAGUUGCGUGGAAGGAUGUUUGUUUGCCUAAGGAUGAGGGGGGUCUAGGGAUCAGAAAUAUCUCAGAUGUGAACAAAGGCCUUAUGAUGUCACAUAUCUGGAGCAUUAUUAGCAACCGAGAGUCCCUUUGGGUCCAAUGGAUCCAUUCGCACAAGUUAAAGGGCCGAAACUUUUGGGAUAUUCAAAGUCGUGGUAGCUUAACCUGGAGUUGGCGAAAGAUUCUAUCUAUCCGUCCGCUGGUCAGACCUUAUGUUUGGAGGGAGAUUGGUAGUGGUUCGCAUACUAAUGCGUGGAGUGAUAAUUGGUGCUCAUGUAGUCCGAUCCGUAACUUUAUUACGCCUAGGAGAAUAGCUCAAGCGGGAUUUACUUUGCAUACUACGGUUGAUGAACUUGUAGAUGCGGAUGGCAAUUGGAGGUGGCCACAGGCAUGGUACGAUUUGUUUCCAGUUCUCAUAAAUAUCACGGUUCCUCAUCUUGUUCCUGAUUCGAGUGACAGACUGGGUUGGAAAACUGUGGAAGGUAAAAUUGUGCAUUUUAAUUCCUGGGAAGCUUGGAACAACCUUCGGUUAAGGGAUAACAAGGUGGGUUGGGUGAACAUGGUGUGGUAUGGCCAAUGCAUUCCAAGACACGCUUUCCACCUUUGGUUAGUUCUAAAAAAUAAGCUUAAGACGCAGGAUAGAUUGGCGGUUUGGGAAGCAGGGAGUGAGACAAAUUUAAGACUUAUGUGCUGUCCUCUUUGUAACUAUGGACGGGACUCGAGGGAUCACUUGUUCUUUCAAUGCCUUUUUUCGGCUAAAGUAUGGAAUAUUGUCAAGAAGAGAACUGAUUUGAGGUAUGUUACCGACUAUUGGAGCUCUGUUAUGGGAUGGAUAGAUCAGAAUGCGAGUUCAAAGACUCUGGAUCACAUUGUAAGUAAGCUUGUUCUUGCGGCGUCUACAUAUUUCAUAUGGCAAGAAAGGAACAACCGUCUGUUUACUAACGUACGCAGAAAGGAAGAGAUGGUGGCUCAACUUAUUCUUGACACGAUACGGAUUCGUAUUAUGGGAUUCAAGAUCGGCCGAGACGUGAACAGCAGGAAGCUUUUGGAAACGUGGGACAUAAAGGAAGACGAUCCGGGCUAA